GACUCGCCACGCUUCUUCGAAGACCCAUCCUCCCCAACUUCCCAAGAUUACACCACACCAUGUCUGUUGAAUCCAUCACUUCCAGAGUUUCCGCGCUCGGUCUUACCCUGCCGGCCUCCUUCGAGGGCUCGCUUCCAGACCACAACACUAUUGAUUUGUUGAGAAACUUUGUUACCGAAGAGCUCGCCAAGGUCUCUGGGGUUGACGCUUCGCUCAUCUAUCCAGCAUUGGACUGGCCUAGCACCAUGGACAAGGGUGACUUGAUCAUCGCCAUCCCCCGCCUUCGCGUGAAGGGCGCCAAGCCGGCGGAGUUGGCGGAGAAGUGGGCGGCUGAGUUCCCCAAAUCCGAGUUCCUCUCUGAGGUUAGAGCGCAGGGACCGUUUAUCCAGUUCUUCUCUGCGCCAAAAUUCCUCUACAAUGUGGUUGUCAAUGAUGUGUUGACCAGAACCGCGGCGUACGGGUCCGCGCCGUUGGGGGCCAACAAGAAGGUGAUUAUCGAGUUUUCCUCGCCAAACAUUGCCAAGCCGUUCCACGCAGGCCACCUCAGAUCCACCAUCAUCGGUGGGUUCUUGUCUAACUUGUACGAAAAGUGCGGCUGGAAUGUCACCAGAAUGAACUACUUGGGCGACUGGGGGAAGCAGUUUGGUUUGCUCGCCGUCGGGUUCGAGCGCUACGGUAGCGAGGAAACGCUCAGCACUGACCCCAUCAACCACUUAUUCGAGGUCUAUGUUAAGAUCAACCAGGAUAUCACUGCGGAGGGCGAUUCCGUUGCGCCAGAAGAAUCCACCAACGAGAAGGCCAGAGCCUACUUCAAGAGAAUGGAGGACGGUGACGAGGCCGCUCUCAAGAUCUGGAAGCGCUUCAGAGACUUGUCCAUUGAAAGAUACAUCGACACUUACGCGCGUCUUAACAUUCACUACGACGUGUACGCCGGUGAGUCACAGGUUUCGGCCGAGAAGAUGAAGGAAGCCACUGACUUGUUUGAGGAGAAGGGUUUGCUCGUUGAAGACAAGGGCGCUAAGUUGAUCGAUCUCACCAAGUUCAACAAGAAGUUGGGCAAGUGUCUUGUGCAAAAGUCCGACGGGACGUCGUUGUACCUCACCCGUGAUGUUGGUGGCGCCAUUGAACGUUACGAGAAGUACAAGUUUGACAAAAUGAUUUACGUCAUCGCGUCGCAGCAGGAUUUGCACACCGCACAGUUCUUCGAGAUCCUCAAGCAGAUGGGCUUUGACUGGGCCAGCAAGUUGGAGCACGUCAACUUCGGGAUGGUCUUGGGGAUGUCGACCCGUAAGGGGACCGUUGUCUUCUUGGACAACAUCUUGGAGGAGACCAAGGAAGCUAUGCACGAGGUUAUGAAGACGAAUGAGGCCAAGUAUGCGCAGAUUCCCGAUCCGGAGAAGGUUGCCGAUCUUGUCGGUGUCUCCGCUGUCAUGAUCCAGGAUAUGCAGGCCAAGAGAGUCAAUAACUAUGAAUUCAAGUGGGAGAGAAUGACCUCUUUCGAGGGUGACACCGGUCCGUACUUGCAGUACGCACACUCCAGAUUGCGUUCCGUCGAGAGAAAGUCCGAGAUCCCGGCCGAGAAGUUGGUUGGGGCCAACCUCGACUUAUUGACCGAGCCGUGCGCCGAGAUGUUGGUGCGUAUCUUGUCGCAAUACCCAGACGUCUUGCGCAACGCGUUAAAGACCCACGAGCCUUCGACUGUUGUUACCUACUUGUUCAAGUUGACCCACCAGGUCUCGUCUUGUUACGACAUUCUCUGGGUUGCGGGUCAGGAGGAGGACUUGGCCGUCGCGAGAUUGGCGCUUUACGCUGCUGCUAGACAGGUGCUCUACAACGGUAUGACCUUGUUGGGUCUUACCCCGGUUGAUAGAAUGUAA